UAACAGAUUAGUCAGACGUAGAGGUGUCACCUGUCCCCAGAGCGGCAGAUUGCUCGCUUGAGUGGUUCGUGUUGUGCUAGGCAAUUUGCCACAUGAGUUCCGUCGUAUGUCCCUCCAGAUACGAGUGAUAUUUUCGAUUUGCUAGAAGCCAGCGUUGCUCUAUAUUUCAGUUUUAGGUUCGGAAAGCGAAAAUAAUUCACGUAAAAUUAUUAUCUGUCCAAAAGUGCGUUGGUAUCUUUUCGCGGAUUAAAAAUCGAAAAUUUUGCCUCAAUGGGACUGUUAAAUUGGAGCAUGUGAAAGCGGCCCAAUGCGGGAUCAGUAAACUGAAAUUGUUUGCGAGUGAUCGAAUUAGAAGAGCGAGAAGUGCGUAAUUAUUGUUAAUGCAAUUAGCCUAGAAGACAUUCACUGAAAGUCUCAAUAGGAAACACACCUAAAUCCGUAGACUGAGUGGUUGGGGAUCCGCAUCCAAUAGAUACCAGUGACUAGAAUCGAUGUACGACCGCCGUGGGGUUAAGAAUUAAGCACAGUGCAAAAUCGUGACCGCACUACUUAGUAUUCGACAGUGAGUGUGGCGGUUUAAGUAGUACUAAGGCCGCGCUAGAACAAUGUGAGCAUAGCGUAGUCACUGUGACGCUUUAAGUUUACAAAUUAGAAGACAAUACGCGAACGGCUGGCGGACGCUUGGAUUCGGAAUCGGAAUCGGAAAACCUAAAAAUCGAAAGUGGCUCGUAUUGGAUACCCACGAACAAGAUGUCAUUUUCAUUGAACAAAUUGAAGUCAUUACUGCCGGGCCACCGGGCGUCUGGAGGUCGGUACGACAACAGACAUUCGGUCAGCCUCGAGCCGGAGGUGGGUUUUCAGCUGACCCUUGAUCCGGGCCCAUGCAGGGCUAAUGGGGCCCAGGUCAGCGAUGGUGCCAGUGGCGAAUCCAACAAGUACUCGAAUGGAAUACCCGAGCUCAACGUGCAUCUUAUUGGCGCUCGGCAUCUGCCCUCGUUAUUCGGAUUGAAAACAGUUCAGGGGUACGUUAUCAAGGUGAAAGUCUUCCCUGGGUCGACUCGUUACGAGAGCACAAUACAAACUUGCACGUGGCCGAAAUUCAACGAGAACUUCAAGUUCCCAAUGGGUUCUGAAACAAAAUCAUCUAUCAAACGAUACACCAAAGAAUAUAGUCCAAAUGAACCGCUACCAAAGAAACUCUUCGAAGGUCAAUUCCUCGUAUUUACUGUUUACGCAUUAUUGGAACUACCUGCAGGCCAAGGCUUCAACCGUUUCUCUGGCGUUUAUAGAUCCUUGAAGGAAAAAAGCAAUAGUCUUAUACCAAAAAAUAAGGUUGCUUCGUCUAGUAACGAUAAGAAAAAGGAGAGUGUGCCAAAAACAGAGGAAACUAAUGCGGUUUUAACAGCAAGUGAAUCGAAAAGGAAUGUCGGUACAGUCACGUGCUUUCUGGAUCCCAAAAUUUUCAAAGAAAAUACACGAACCGGCCAAUUUUACACGGACGAACUAUGGCUUCCAAUGAAAGACUUAACUGCGACUCCCGUCAAAUCGUCGAAUAUCACAACAUCGGCGAAAGGACAGAUCGAAAUUAUCCUUGAAAUCUCCGACGAAUGUCCUGACAACAUAUCGACAUCAGAAGAGAAACCCGCUGAAACCGACUCAAAAGAAAGCCUUAAAAGGCAUUGGAGUCUUUCAAAGGUCUCAGAAGUGAAGAAAAAAAUCACGUCGAAAACCUCUAAAGCUCCAAAAGAGCUCCACCUGAAAGUUACCACUACCCGUAUGCGCUGUCCUAUCAAAGUCAAGGAGGAGUUUGAAAGUGUAGCUGGCGAGAUCUACGUGAAGACUACUGUGUUCGAGCACAACAUCCUUGUGAAUUCCUGGAAAUGUGAUAUGUUCCGGCCAUCCUUAUCCACUCGGUGGGACCCCAGCUUUUCGACAAUUUAUGUGCCAUUGAAUAACAACUCCUCAAGUUUGGAUAACGUUUCGAUAAAAACAAUGGUCGCGACGAAAAAUAAAAUGGGUCGAAAAAUUGUCCUGGGUACCGUCUUUAUUGGUGCUGGAACAACAGGACAAUCAUUCGACCAUUGGCAGACGGUAAUGACCGUUCGAAAUAAGUCAGUGCCGAUGUGGCAUAGCUUCCAGUGAGUAGGGUAGGAUCUUGGCGAAGUAUUUCGGAGUAUAUUGCGUAUUUUUAAUUUUUCUCUGUUAAAGUAAUCUGGAAAUCAAUAAAGUAUUUUUGUGGAUCUAA